AGAUCAAGUUUGAGUCGCUCAGAACAACAAAAUGACUUCGAUGUUGAAAAAGAAAACCGACCCGACCGCGUUCGAGCUCGAAAUUGCCAAAAUCUUUGAGAAGACGGAACUUGGUCUAGGUGCAUUGUACUUCAACUCGGCUAAGGAAAUCGAACUAGCAGAGGGCAAAAAGGUUGUAGUAAUAUAUUUCCCCAUGCCCUUGAUUGACGACUGGAGGAAAGUACUGACCAAAGUUGUGAACGAGUUGGAAAAGAAGCUUCAAGGUCGGUCGGUGUUCUUUGUGGGAAACAGGACUAUUCUAAAGAAGGAAAAGCGAGGUAUGUUCAAGCCCAAAGGUCUGCAGAAGAGACCGAGGAACCGCACUCUGUUCGCAGUUUACGAUGAGAUCCUUGCCGACCUCGUCCGUCCAGCACUGAUUGUUGGAAAGAGGACAAACUACACUCCUGCCGGAACCUACAUCAAGGUGUUCGUGAGCAAGCAGCACCAGAAUGCACUGGAGAGCAAAGUGGAGACCAUCUCGGCACUCUACAAGAAGCUCACCAACCGCACUGUGUACUUUUCAUUCGAUAACUAGAAUUCAAGUUGACGAAUGAUCGAUCCAA